AUGUCGAACGGCGGAACCGUUUGCCAUUCUGCAUCGACACGUUCAAGUCAAAUAUCUGUACGAAAACAACGUAUCGAACGUUGGAUACAAAAAGAUCCUUUAGAAAACUCAUUUUCUCAAUCGAAUCGACUUCUUCGCAUGGGAUUGCUUCGAUUAGGUGACCAACGGGAAAAACUCAUCGAACGACAUAAUUACAAUCAGAAACUGUUCGUUAAUAAACAAGCAAUACGAUAUAAAGACAACGAAUCGAUUCUCAAUACAUUGAAUUAUGUUAGAAAAUGUUGUCAUUAUUUUGAUAUGACCGAUAUCGCUGAAGAAUCGAUCGAUCCACAAAAGCUUCUCGAAGAAAAUCAAAUAAAUCGAUUGGCUCGUACUCCAUCAGCAAAUGAAAAUAAUACAUUGAAAAUCAAACGAAACUUAGCACAGCAAACGAACAAGCAAUUGAAUAGUUCAUUGACUGAAGUAUUCCUUCGACACAAUAAAAAACAUAUUCAAAAACCGUCGACGACUAUUGAAGCAACAGAAAACGAUGGUAAUCAAGAUCGUCAUGUCCAAUUUCAAUUAAACAACAGACGAAAUAUUCAGUCUGCUCUUGUAUCGAAGAAGACGACAUCUCCUAUCGAUAAGAAUAAACAAUCCGACCGAAAUGUCACAUCAGCCUAUGGCUUACGAACGUAUCAAAUAGCUUCACCUGAUUCUGUUCCUAUAAUGACAACAGUUGAUCAAAUGGAAGAACAGAUGAAACCGAUAAUACAUUCCAGACGAUCGCCGACGAGAAUGAUUUCAACGAAAAGUACUCUGCAGCAAUUUCGCCUUCACCCAGAGCGAUUNACAUCUCCUAUCGAUAAGAAUAAACAAUCCGACCGAAAUGUCACAUCAGCCUAUGGCUUACGAACGUAUCAAAUAGCUUCACCUGAUUCUGUUCCUAUAAUGACAACAGUUGAUCAAAUGGAAGAACAGAUGAAACCGAUAAUACAUUCCAGACGAUCGCCGACGAGAAUGAUUUCAACGAAAAGUACUCUGCAGCAAUUUCGCCUUCACCCAGAGCGAUUUUUAAGUCAAUCGAAUCGCUAUUUGCCAUUAUUACGUCGUCAAGCUCUAAAAGCUCAGUCGCACUUAAAAGAUACCGAUGGUUCGGAUUUAACAUAUGAUGAUGCAAAAUCGUUUUUGAGUGAAGAAAUUGAGUCAAACCAUUCGAAAAAACCAAAAGUUCGAGCACCGAAGAAAAUCGAUCUUAUGGAGACGACAGUUGUUGAUACAUCUGAACGUACGAUGGCCCUUUCACGUCUUCGUCAACGUGAAUACACACAUUUACAAAAGCUAGUUCAUUCCAAAUCCAUCGAUCACAUUCUCGAACCUUUAUCACCCUCAAAACAACCGCAAUCGCGAUGUUUAAAAGACGUUCUACAUUCGAUUGAUUCGCUGCGCUGUUCGACAACAUGUCAAAAUCAACAACGACGACAAAGCGACAUCGAGAGAAAUAUUUCGAAACUCGGCAUUUUAAUAUUUUGA